CAUACGAGCUUCAGUGUUUAUCCAGACGUUGCAGUGGUCGUGCAGUCUGAUAAAUAACUUUCAAUUUUGUGCGGACGCGAAAUAGAAACUGUUGCUUAUUCAAAAUGCGUCGUGAAUUCUUUUUGACUUUCCUAGGUGUCGCCAUUGUUGCGAUGGCGGGAAACGUCAAAGGAGAUGAAGAUCCAGAAGUGACAGCUCCUAUUGGGAAAAUUCGUGGUUCCCAUAUGACGAGUAGACUUGGUAAAAAAAUUUAUGCAUUUCGUGGUGUUAGGUAUGCCGAACCUCCCGUAGGACAACAACGAUUCCAGCAAGCCAUAGCAGCUAAGCCUUGGUCUGAUGUCUUCAAUGCUUCCGUCGAAGGACCCUCGUGUCCUCAAAAAUACACACAAUUGGUCAAUGAGGAUUGUCUUCGAUUAAACAUUUACACGACAAAGUUGCCGCCGAAAGUUGGAACAAAGGGAAAACCUGUGAAGAGACCAGUUGUCGUAUUUUUUCAUCCAGGAGGAUUUUACGGGGGCUCCGGACAAGGUUAUAUCUUUGGACCACAAUAUUGGUUGGAUCAAGAUAUUGUAUUGGUUACAACGAAUUACCGUCUUGCGUCCUUGGGUUUUCUAAGCACCGGUGAUUCCCUGGCUCCUGGCAAUCUUGGUCUUAAAGAUCAAGUCGAGGCUUUGCGUUGGAUUAAGAAAAAUAUUGCCAGUUUUGGAGGCGAUCCUGAUUCCGUGACUAUAACCGGUUACAGCGCUGGCUCUUGGAGUGUUACGCUGCAUAUGAUUUCACCAAUGUCUAAGGGCCUAUUUCACAGAGCAAUUGCAAUGAGCGGUGCAGCCACUGUACAGGAACCACUUCCAACGCAGCAGAAACAUUUGGCCAAAAAACAGGCGGAACUUCUUGGUUGUCCAACUGACACCACUGGAAAUAUGUUGAUCUGUUUGAACACUAAGACGAUUGAAGAGUUUGUUGAUAGUUAUGAAAAAUUCUUUGAAUGGCAUCGCGAUCCUAUUUUAGUUUGGUCUCCGGUCGUAGAACCUGAAGUAAAUGGAGUAGAAAGAUUUCUUCCAGCUCAACCUGUUGAUUUAAUUCGACAGGGAAAGAUAAACGAAGUGCCAUUGAUUAUCGGUGUUACAAAGGAUGAGUUUGGUGGUGUAGUUACUUCAAUAAUUGAAGAAGCACGCAAAGGAAAUACUUCUACAUUUGAUGAUCUUAAUCAGAAUUGGGAUACUAUUGCACCCAUUAGUUUUCUUUAUGAACGUGGUACACCUCGAUCCAGAAGGAUAAGUCAGGAACUGAAAAAGUUCUAUUUGAAUAAUCAACCAGUUAGUCUAGACAAUGUUGAUGGACUUGCUCAACUCUAUGCUGACGCUGUCAUUGGAUUUUCUGCUCAUCGUUUUGUCAAAUUGAUCAGUGCUGCUUCGGCGAAACCAGUUUAUUAUUAUAGAUUUUCUUAUCAAGGACGAUUCAGUCACAGUGUAUGGAGUGACACUAAAAAACCUUACGGUGUGGUCCAUCAUGAUGAUCUAUUGUAUCUCUUCUACAUAAGCUUUUUCCCCUAUUUCAACGCAACGGAUCCUGAAGUCGUCACUGUUAAACGAUUAACCACAAUGUGGACCAAUUUUGCGAAAACUGGACAACCCAUACCGACUAACAACGAAGACUUUAAGAACGUCAAGUGGCCGAUAUAUACCGAUAAGACUAAAGAGUAUCUGGAUAUCGGAGAUAAUCUCGUCACAGAUUGCGGCCUCUACCGAAACAGAAUGAGCUUCUGGGAUAACUUAUUUCCGCUUAAACCUCAUAAUUUUGAUGAUACAGGCGUUAAGCAAUAAACUCAUACAUGAAACGACGUAUUUCGCAUCAAACAAUUGUUUUUUAACUGCUUGCUUGACAUAGAGAUUAUCUGCUGCAUAAAGAUGGUAAAUAUAUUAUACCUAGUGUACACAAAAAACAACAUUUUUUAUUCAUUAAUGUAAACCAAGGUUCUACAUUGCUACUUCAGCAUUGCUACUUUAGAACAGAUCUAAAGGUAAAGAUAUUUUUUGCAACUUAUAUAAAAAAUAAAGAUCCUGUCCUUA